GCCUGCCCAGGACGGAAGGGACGACAGAACUAUUUCCCUCACCGGCAUUCCCGCCCACCCUGAGGCACCGCCUCCAUCGCUUGAUCCCACUAAACUUAUUUCUCCACCUCCUUUUCGAAUCCGAGUGCUUUCAGAGUGCUGCUAGUAAUUUAUAAUGAUUGGUCGCGCAAGAGAGAACGGACUAGCGUGUGGGUCAAUUGCCUUGCGCAAAACUUCUUUGUUCUGAUUUUUCAUUGUUGUUUUGCUUGUUAGCGAAAGAGCCAUCGCGUUGGCCUAUUGAGACGGAGACUAUAGCACGAACGGGUUGGCUUCCCUCGUUACUGUAACGUGUGAUUGCGGCGAGGAGGGAACGAGGCGAUGGGACGAGGGGGGCGCGACGACAAGGCGGACGAGUCGCAGCGGCUGCUAGGAACUCCCGUUUACGUUAACGUUUACGAUAUGACGCGUUAUAACGACUUUCUGUACUGGCUCGGCUUGGGGGUCUUCCACUCGGGCUUAGAAGUGCAUGGCGUGGAGUAUGCCUUUGGCGCGCACAACCAGCCAUGCAGUGGCGUGUUUGAGCUGGCCCCUCGCUGUGCGCCAGGGUUCCUCUUCCGCACCGCCAUCCCUGUGGGGACCACCAGCCUCUCCCCACCACAGGUCCGUUCUAUUGUGGAGCAGCUAGCGUGCAGCUACACAGGCAUCAGUUACCAGAUCAUCUCACGCAACUGUAACCACUUCACAGCAGACCUCUGCCGCCUGUUGGUGGACCAAGAACCGCCAGCGUGGAUUAAUAGGCUCGCCCGCACUGCCAGGCUGUGCAACUGCCUAAUGCCUGAUGGUGUGAGGGUGGAGGGGUGGUGGAAGGAGAAGGAGGAGUGGCCGGGAGGAGAUGGGGGGGGAUACUUCGACACAGAGUCUGACUUCUCAGACGACGAUGAUGAUGAUGAUGAUGAUGAUUGCAACGACCGGCCUACCCUCUCCCCGGCGUCGUCCCAGUCCGCAUCAGCAGAAGGCUCCCCUCAACUGGCCAUGCCUCGUAGCAGUGCCACUCAUAGCACUGCCCCUCAUGCCACCGUACAUGCUGCCGUGCAAGAGUCAUCGUUGGUUAUCCAAGACCACUCCUAGCGCCUUUCAGUUCAACACUCCUCUGCUGUUAAAGGCUCCGGGGCUCGCUGCCAAAGCAAGGUGAACCCUUAGGAGACUGAGUUUACUCAGCUUCGUUCUGUGCUUGUGGCACCAAUGAGAAAACCGGUAGAUCCUAUUUUGAAGCUGUUCUUAUGCACAUUCUUUGUAAUAAUUAAAUGCAAGCAAU